CAUUAUAUAUCAAAGCGAGAUUUUAAUAACUUUUGGCAGCUUGACUCAAACUCUAGAGUUUAGUUGACUUCAUCAUUUAUUAUUGUGCUCACCCAAAAAGACUGAGUGUUCAUAUUUGUCUCUAAUCAUCCCAGUUGAAGAUCCAAUACAACUUUGCGGUUACAGAUUAUUGAAUUCUUUAAAAAGACUGAUAUUUUUGUAUUUGGUAGACUUAAUAGACUAUUAGAGAUAUCUAUAUUUUUAAUUUAACUAAGAUAGAGAUUCAAAAUGUCUGUGAUUAUUAAAUCCAGCUUAUUCAAGGCCAAGAGCUUCUACAGUAAGUUUGGUGACUUUACUUUACUGACAAGAUAUGCAUCAACAACGAAAAAACCUCUUGCACAAAAUAUUCCUGAGGAGGAAAUAAAAAAAUCUGUGUUCAUAUCUCAAUCGACUGAUAUCUAUACAAACUUGGCUCUGGAAGACUGGUUCUAUCGUAACUAUGACUUCAGCAAACAUCACAUCUUACUACUCUGGAAAAAUGAUCCAUGUGUAGUCAUUGGUCGUCAUCAAAACCCAUGGCUAGAGUGCAAUGUAGCUGGCUGCGAGCAAAAAAAUAUCUUGAUAGCAAGACGUAAUAGUGGUGGUGGUACUGUCUACCAUGACCCAGGCAAUCUCAACCUGUCCUUUUUCACACCUAGAGAAAGAUACAACAGAAAAUACAAUUUGGAAAUCAUAACUCGAGCUUUAUUCAGACAGUGGGGACUAAAAGCAAUUAUCAAUAAAAAGGAGGAUAUCAUAGUGCAAAAUGAAUUUAAAAUAUCUGGUACGGCUGCAAAAUUGGGACGUCCCAACGCUUAUCAUCAUUGCACGCUGCUCGUCGACGCUAAGAAACAAGAUUUGAGUCUCGCUCUGAAAAAAACCGAGACCGGAAUAACAACGAACGCGACGCAAUCCGUGCGUUCUCCCGUGAAGAAUCUAAGCGAAGUCAAUUCACACAUAAAAAUCGAUCACUUGCUCAAUGCAGUCGGCUGGGAAUAUUUACGCACGAAGGCAGUGACUCUGCAGGAUGGUGGGCACAAGCUGGUUGAAGAUCAAAAAGGCUUUCAAAUGAUCAAUCCGACCGAGGACUGGUUCCCAGGUAUCGAUCAACUUACUGAGGAAUUCCGCUCCUGGGACUGGACUUUCGGCAGAUCGCCUAAAUUUACGGUAACGCGAGUUCUCGAGGCGUCGGUGCCCGAUGGUGGAAGGCACAUAAUCAAACUCGUCGUCGAGGUUGACAAAGGCAUCGUGCAAGACGUCAAGAUGACCCUCCCCAUGGACGACAAUCAAAACGCCAGCGUGAUGACGAAUUUACUAGGCAAACGUUACAGUCAUGAGCUGACCGACAGCAUUGUUGAGGCGACUGGAUGCAAAGUCGUAGCUUACGACGUGAAAGACGAUCAAAGCGACGUCGCGGCUAUCUAGCCGAAAUCGAAACCUGGUACACCUGAUGAUCGGUCUUGACUCCUCUUUGAUCACUUAUUGUGUUUUUUAUUUAAUAUACUAUUCGUUGUUGUACUGUAAAUUAUUAAGGUCAGCUAUUGUGCGUGUUAUGUUUGUAAGAUAAAUUGUUAUCGGUGCGCUUGUUAAUAACGAUAAAACCAAGUUUAUGUAUAACGUGUUUCUUAAUUCAUAUAUUUUUGUUACAAUAUAAUUAUAUAAUUAAAAUAUAUAAAUAUAUAUAUUAUAUACACUGUUA